UGGAGAUGGAGAGCAGCGUAGCCGAUCGAUACGCCUGCUGGCGAAACUGGCCAUGGUGUCUAUGGCGGCUGCUGUGCGUGUUGUGGCGUGGCGCGACGUACACGCGAGUUACGGGCGGUGAGAUAGAAGGUCGCGUGCUAGCCUCACGGUGGUGGUGCUGUGCGGGUGAGCGUUUGACACGGGUGGCGAGAUGACCGCGAGACGCGAGCGUAGGGCGUGGUGAGAGAGCGUAGCCGACGGCGGCCUCCCCGCAGACGCGAAACCCUGAGCCCUCCCUGAUCGGGUGACCACUCACGGGACACACAAGGUGAAGGUGAUGUAGAAAGAAAACCAGAAAUCAAAGAUUGACAUCUGUUCUGACGGGGCAUUGCAAUAUAACUGAGGACAGCACGGGUGACGAAGUAAAGAAGAUGGUAUCUCUGCCCAGUGCAGAGUCUGGCACAAUGGACAGAAUCUCAGAUGACGAUGAUGACGAGCCAAGUAGUGGGUCUGAAACUUAUGAGGAGGGUGACCUGUUGACAGCUGCUAUGGAUGAUGACGUGACGGCCCAGCUCGCCGCUGCAGGCCCUGUUGGCGUAGCCGCAGCCGCCGCCAUUGUCUCGGCAAAAAAGAGGAAACGACCUCAUAGUUUCGAAACAAAUCCCAGCAUCAGGAAGAGACAACAAAAUAGACUCCUAAGAAAACUCAGACAAACCAUUGAUGAGUUUGCGACGCGAGUUGGACAACAAGCAGUAGUAUUAGUAGCUACACCAGGAAAGCCAAACAGUAGUUAUAAAGUAUUUGGAGCGAAACCGUUAGAAGAUGUAGUAAAAAAUUUAAGAAAUGUUAUAAUGGAAGAACUCGAGAACGCGCUCGCACAACAAGCUCCGCCACCAGUACAAGAUGACCCAUCUUUAUACGAAUUACCACCUCUAAUAAUAGAUGGCAUACCUACACCCGUGGAAAAAAUGACACAAGCUCAACUUAGAGCAUUUAUCCCGUUAAUGUUAAAGUAUUCUACAGGCAGAGGUAAACCUGGUUGGGGGAGAGAUAGUACACGGCCACCCUGGUGGCCGAAAGAACUACCUUGGGCAAACGUGCGUAUGGAUGCAAGGUCUGAGGACGAGAAACAAAAGAUUUCUUGGACACACGCGUUAAGACAAAUUGUAGUAAACUGUUAUAAAUUUCAUGGAAGAGAAGAUCUUCUGCCUGCAUUCAGUGAAGAGGAUGAUAAAUCAAACGUACUGAUACAACAAUCGACGCCUCAUUCCUCGUCGCAUCCGUCGCAUUCAUCCAGUCAAGGGCAAGGUGGACAGUCGCAACAACAACAACAGACGGUGGGAGUUGUUCGCCUCAGCAGCUCGGAUUCAUCUAAGGGAAACUCUUCGCCAGCACAAAUCAUUGCCGCGUCUCCUACAGCUCUUGCCACUGCCACUCAGAUGACGGCUCAGUAUCCAACGGCAGUUUUACAAACCAUAACAAACCCUGAUGGUACUGUUUCCAUCAUUCAGGUUGAUCCUAGUAAUCCAAUAAUUACGUUACCAGAUGGUACAACAGCUCAAGUUCAAGGUGUUGCUACCAUCCAUACAAGUCAAGGAGAAGUUCAAGCACUCGCUGAGGUAGCAGGCAGCGCGGAAGGUACUAGCGUUGCCGUCGACCUGAACAGUGUUACAGAAGCGACAUUAGGUCAAGAUGGUCAAAUCAUUCUCACAGGAGAAGACGGACACGGCUAUCCUGUUUCCGUGUCAGGAGUAAUAACAGUACCAGUGUCUGCUAGUAUGUAUCAAACUAUGGUUGCCAAUAUUCAAAGUGACGGUACGAUGCAAGUAGUCACGCCAAUGGUUCAAGUACCGAAAGUUGAGCCAGGAAAUGGGGAAACUAGCAUUGAGGCUGUCACUAUACAAGGGCAUCCUAUGACAAUGAUAAAUGCAGCAGGUGAACACCAAGUUCUUCAAGUGAUAUCAUUGAAGGAUGCUAAUGUCCUCACAAAGGCCAUGCAGGCUGAAGUUGUAAAAGAUGAGGACAGUCAACAACAACAAACCGUCUCUAGUCCAGAAUAA